UUGCUCCAGUUGCAGCUCUUGAUCACUGGAGCUGUUUUUAUAACAAUUCUACGCUGAUCCAUGGAUGGAAUUCGGGGCAUCAGAUCACGUUCCCUCCUCGUGUAGCUGGCUAUCCAUGUCUCGCUGUAGAGAGCUUCCCCAUCCCCAUCCUAGCAAACACAUCCGAUACUGGCUAAGAGCUGUCAAAGUUGCCAGCUCUGGGUCAAUUGGAUAAAUUCCGCUUUUUGGAGUCUCAGGGGUUAGUUAAAUUACUGGACAGUGGACCAAGCCAGCAAUCACUGGCUGUCCGUGUUCUCUGUUCACCCCGUGCAGGCCACGAGGACGGGGGUCAAUCACACCAACGUCAUAUCUGGACUGCCUUGAAAACACCUGCAUAUUCAUGCAACCUCAACACCCAAACACAGCACAUCCUUUGACGAUCGCUGUGGCUCGACCUAUCGUGGACUCGAGGCACCUGGUGAAGUAGCAAUUCCUGUCUCCUUUGGGCUUUCUCGCGAGUCGCUACCGCUCUUUCUAUUUUGCCUUCGCUGUAUGAGCUCAUACGGCGUUUACCUCCUUUCCCUUUUGCCAUCGAAUUGUUAAAUACCAUCAUGUCGUUCGUUUGACUUGGCUAGAACUGUCCCAUGCCGAAGUAUUGUCUCACAUUGCCGUCUCGUUUGGCUACUCAAAGUAUUUUAUUGCUAUGCGCUCGUUAUUGAUAUGUUUGGCUUUCAGUGCGACAACAUUGUUGGCUCAGAGUGGCGACACAAGUGUGCUGGUGAACAAGAGGGACAAUGCGACACUGAUGAUACCGGUGGUUGCAGCUUCUAGUCAGGUAUGGUAUGUAUCAUCGAGUCCUGACCAAUUUUAUCCAAAAAUGACUGGUAUCAGGGAAGGCGUUGACGGCACGUGGAGUACUUUCACGAUCCGAGUCAGUACGCCUGUAUCAAUAUAUCGUGUGCUGCCGGCGAGUUCUUGGCAGGAAACGUGGGUAGUGUACGGAGCGGCAGCGCAGGUUUGCAACGUCAGUGUUGGAGUGAAGGCGAAUUGUGAGGAAGAUAGAGGCGGUUUCUUUGAUGGUGCGAAAUCAUCGACUUGGAAGCAAGGUGACCAGUACCAGCUGCAACUGGAAGAGAUGCUUGGCUAUGAGGGAGUUGGACAAUAUGGUUUUGAUACAGUCGGACUUGGCUUUCGAAGUGAUACAGGUCCAACUCUUCCAAACCAAAUCGUGUCAGAAAUUGUCUCCGAUGACUGGUGGUUCGGCAUGCUAGGUUUGGGAUUCCAGCCUACGAAUUUUACGGGUUACGAGACUCCUCAGGCAAGCUUUGCAGACACACUGUACACAAAUGGAACAAUAUCGAGCAUGAGCUGGAGCUACACAGCUGGAGCAUUCUAUCGGCUCAAAAGCGUGUUCGGGAGUUUGAUAUUUGGUGGCUACGAUGCCUCGAGAUUCACACCAAAUCCCAUUCGGUUCUCGAUGGCAAGCGACAACCUCCGCGAUCUAGUUGUCACUGUUCGCUCAAUUACAUCUACGACUUCAGGUGGAAACACCACUCUGAUGUCCGACCCCAUAUUUGCUUUCAUCGAUUCUGCAGUCCCAGACUUCUACCUCCCGGUAUCGGUGUGCCAACAGUUCGAGAAGGCAUUUGGCCUCACUCUCGACCAGACAUCCGGACGAUAUCUAAUUUCCAAUACCACACACCAGAAUCUGGUGUCUCUAAAUCCAACCAUAACAUUCACACUCGCGAACCAGAAAACAGGCGGGGAAACAACAGACAUCGUCCUCCCUUACGCGGCGUUCGACCUGAACGUUACCGCACCACUUCUCACUAACACUUCAAGUCUUUACUUCCCACUCAAACAAACUACAGACGAAAAUCUGUACAUACUAGGUCGUGCUUUCCUGCAAGAAGCAUACGUAACCGCACAUUACAACUCCCGAACUUUCAACGUCUCUCAAGCCGUCUUCUCAGACAACGCCUCCCCUGCCCUCGUGGCCCUUCCCGCUACUCUACCAUCAUCCACCACGCCCACCAAAACAAACUCCCCCAAUUCGCCAUCCUCUCCCUCCUCCAAGUCCAAACUAGGCGGCGGCGUCAUAGCCGGCAUCGUGAUUGGCGCUUUAGCCGGCAUCGCCAUUCUCGCCUUCCUCAUAUUCUUCCUACUCAAACGCCGACGCCGCGUCGCAGCCUCCAAAGCUGAAAAAGAGAACAGAGGCCCCGUCCAUGAAAUCGACAGUGGGAAACGUGUUGAUCCAGGAACAACGAGCGCAUAUACUGCACAGGCGAGUGCGCUUACUAGUGAAGUGUCGGGCAAGGAUUCGAGGGUCGAGAAGUGGGGAAAUCCGAUUAUGCAUCCGCAGGAGCUGGAGGCGGAUGUACCUGGUGUUAUGGGAUCUAGGGGCAAUGGGGCGGAGAUGGGAGCUGGGAAGAUGAAUUCUAUUAAGGAGACGAAGACGAAGACUCCGAUGGCGGAGUUGGGUGUUCAGGAGAGAGGACUGGGGGAGGGAAGUGCGAUACCAAGGCAGAGAGGUGAGGAAGAUGAUAUUGUGAGCCCGAAUACGGAUCGUUGGUCUGCGAGUGUGAUGGGGAGGAACAGGAGCGAUGCAAGGGCUAGUAGUCCCAGUGGACCGAGUGAGGGAGGAAGUUGGAGCCCUAGCACGCCGGUACAGAGGAGGAAUAGCAGGUUUAGUGAGACUUGGGAUUGAUGAUCCAUCAUAUAUGGAGUGAAGAUGAAGGAAUUUCUGGAGACUGGGAAAGUGUGCUGGAUGCACUCGAUGAAAUAUAAAAUGUGGACGGAAAAUGGGUAUAUGAGGUUAACACAGGCAGAAGUACGAAUACCAAUAGCACAAUGGCUGGAGUUGUGGGAAUGUAAUAUUUUGGGAAUAAAGAGAAUUUAGUGUUGUACACAAGAGGACAACAGGAUGUCAAUAUAUGCACAGGAUUUAUGAUGGGGC